AUGGGAAGAGGGAGAGUGGAGCUGAAGCGGAUCGAGAACAAGAUCAACCGGCAAGUAACCUUCGCAAAGCGCCGGAACGGUCUCCUAAAGAAGGCCUAUGAGCUCUCGGUCCUCUGCGAAGCUGAGGUCGCCCUCAUCAUCUUCUCCAACCGCGGGAAGCUUUAUGAGUUUUGCAGCAGCUCUAGCUUCAUUGAAGGACGAAGUGAUUGGUUGGUGUCGGAAAAGCAAACAAAUGAGAAAUCUACGCAUGGUUUCUCUUAUGUUUCGAAGAUUUCGGAGUCGCGUCCUAAACCUUCGGUUAAUCUUCUAGCAAUACCGGAAUCUGAGCUUGCUGUGGAAAAGCAACCAAAGCACUUGCCCUUCAGUCAGUAG